UCAAACCUCACUCUUUCUUCUUUCUUCUAACUUCUAAACUCCUUCUCAAUUUUUCUUUCUUUUUCUUCUUAUACUUUUCUUCUUACCUUUUGUUUCUUCAAUUCUUCUCGAUAAUAACAUUGUGAGCCCAAAGGUUUUUUCUCUUUAAUGGACCUUACUCUUAAGCUUUCUCUUUGUGGUGAAAAUGUGGAAGAAAGAAGGUUGAUAAGGUCAUCAUCAUUGGUGGGUGGAGAGAUAGGAAGUAUUAGUGUUCCAAAUUGGUGUAGCUUUGGGCCAUCUAUAGAGAGAUCUUCAUCUCUUCCAAUUGAUGGUGGGGAGAGAAUGGUUCUAGAGAGGCAGAAAAUGGUGGCAGCUUCUGAGCUUCAUGGUCCAAGAAAUUCAUCUGAAGGAGUAAUUGCUUCCGUGAAGGAAAUUCCACUUCUGCCUAAGUCUAGAAAUACUAAAUUUAAGAAUCAAACAAAAAAACUUAAUCUCCCUAACUACUGCAGUCUUAAGGGUGAUGUGAUGGAGAAACUGAGACAAAUGCCGACUGUAACAACGACCGGAGACGGUCCAAACGGGAAGAGAAUAGAAGGUUUUCUAUACAAGUAUAGAUCCGGUGAAGUUUGUAUUGUAUGUGUCUGCCAUGGUAGCUUCCUCACACCAAAAGAGUUUGUGAUUCAUGCUGGUGGUAAAGAAGUUGCUAAUCCAAUGAAGCAUAUCACUGUUUAUCCUUUCUCAUUUUAGAGAUCAAUCUUUCUUAGAAUGUAGAGAGGUAAGUGAAAACAAUGAAAUUAUCUUUGAUUAGUUUAGCUUUAAUGAUUAUCAUAUACAUUGUUCAAGUGGUCUGUGUAUAAGAAAAUCUUUUUCAGAAAAUCUUUUUGUUAAAAACUUUUCCUUAUUAGUACUUUGCAGUAUCAUUGACCGAUAAAAUACUAAAUUACGAUACUUGAAUCACCUAAACUUUAAUCGACAAAAU